GCAGCUGUGUUAGACUUGCUGCUGCUAGCUGUGUCGCUGCCUGACAGCUGAAACUGUUUCUCUCCCACCCCCUCGAUGGAGUGGGUUUAUUUAUUGCAGCUGAGAGAAGGGUAUUUUUCAGGCAGGGCUGGAGGCUGCUGAGAAGGAAACUGCUGUGCACUGGACUCUGCCUGGCAUUUCAGCCUGUGACUCAGCAGGCUGCGCAGCCACCCUGCUCGGGAAUCGGGCUCUGCUCUGGGGAGGAGCCCCCCCCCCCCCCCGCCCCACUCCGCUCUGCUCGGGUGGCUGAGAAGAUAACAGUCUGAUCUAGGCCUUCCUCUCAGCACAGCUCCGGGACCACCAGGCCUGCCCACGGACUCUGCUUGCUGUGGCAUUGGCAGGCACCGACGCCACCCAGGGCCCACUGACGCGGCAGUGAGCGCCUGGGAACAUGUCCCACGAGAAGAGCUUCCUGGUGUCGGGCGAUGGCUUCCCCAGUCCAAGCCCUGCCUUCCCUGGGCAGCAGCCAACUGCCCCGCCAGCCUAUGCACAGCCCCCCUACCCGGCAGCACCCUAUCCACAGCCCCAGUUCCAGCCAGGACCUUACAACCAGCCGGGCUUUCCGCAGGGCCCGUACCCUCAAGGGCCUGGGCCAUACCCACCGGCCCCAUACGCUCAGGGGCCAUAUCCAUCGGCAGGCGCGUAUCCUCAGGGGCCGUAUCCAUCAGGGCCGUAUAUGCAGCCGCCAUAUGCCCAGCCACAGCCCAUAGUCUCAGAGGACCAAGGCUAUGGAAUGAGCCCUGUCCAUGUGCCCUGGAGACUUGGCACCAUGGCCACCAGAGUUGCUCCGCUGCACAGUAACUACCAUGAGGACGGGCCGCCCUCAUACUACGACAACCAGGACUUCCCCAUCAACCACUGGGACGACAAGAGUAUCCGCCAGGCGUUCAUCCGCAAGGUGUUCCUGGUGCUGACCGUCCAGCUGAGCGUGACCUUGGCCUUCGUGGCCAUCUUCACCUUUGUGAAUGGCAUGAAGGACUUUGUGAGGCGCAACGUCUGGAUGUACUACAUCUCCUAUGCCGUCUUCUUCAUCUCGCUGAUUGUGCUGAGCUGCUGUGGGGAGUUCCGUCGCAAGUACCCCUGGAACCUGGUCGCCCUGUCCAUCCUGACUGUCAGCCUCUCCUACAUGGUGGGGAUGAUCGCCAGCUUCCACAAAACGGACGCCGUCAUCAUGGCCGUGGGCAUCACAGCCAUCGUCUGCUUCACCAUUGUCCUCUUCUCCCUUCAGACCAAGUAUGACUUCACUUCCUGCCGGGGCGUGCUGAUCGUCUGCCUGGUGGUGCUGAUCCUCUUCUCCAUCCUGUGUAUCUUCAUCCGGAACAGUAUCAUGAACAUUGUCUACGCCUCGCUGGGAGCCCUGCUCUUCACCUGUUUCCUAGCGGUGGACACUCAGAUGCUCCUGGGGAACAAGCAGCUGGCCCUGAGCCCAGAGGAGUACGUUUUCGCCGCCCUCAACCUCUACACGGAUAUUAUCCAGAUCUUCCUCUACAUCCUGGCCAUCAUCGGCCGGGCCAAGGACUAGCAAGUGCACGUCCGCUGCUGUGGAGAGUAGAGUAACCUCCUGUCCCUGUGCCAGCCCCAGCUCACUGUGUCACUGCACCCACCCCAGCCCUGCUCCCCCAUAGCCAUUUGGUAUGGUAUUUUCAUGGCAUCUCGUUGUUGAUUCUCGUGUUCUAGUUAUUUUGACCCAUGGUCCCCUCACCAGCUCUUCGGGAAGGACAGUGGGGCUGGGGGCAGCUGAGCUUCAGUGGGCUCAUGGUUUUGGAAGGACUUGCCCUGGGCCCUCCUUGGGGUGAGGGACGCUCUCCAUCCUUCGGCAGCUGCGUGGGGCUGGGUGCACAGGGGGCAGGGUGGGAGUGUAUAAAUUGCUUUGCUCUGCACCAUGUCAGGAGCUGCUGUCUUGCUUCAGGGAAUGUCGCUGCCUCGUUGUGUCCCAAGCAUGCUGCUCCCGCCCUCUGGCAGCCCCCAUCCUCCACCACGGACGUGCCCAGCUCCCUGGCAGCCAGGGGCAGCUUUUUGGCCACCACUGCUCCUCUGAGCUGUCACUAGCCAGCUGUGUCCCUAGCCUCCCAGUGGUGAAUGGAUUGAACCCCCCCGCCCUGUCCCCUGUCCCCAGGGAGCUCUCUGGCCCCACGUGCUGCACUCUAGUGGCAGUGCUGCCUCACGCAGGCAGAUCAGGCCUUCAAAGGCAGGCUCCAUUAGCGCCUGGCCCUGGAUAUCUGGCAUGCUGGGCGGUGCCUCCCAAGCGCAGCUCUGGCCAGGCCUGGCAGCGCCUGCCUGCAUUCCCUGUUGGAGACCCUGAACCAGUGGUGGUGGUGUUCAGCUGAGUGCACGCUGCUCCCUGGUGUGCAGCCCCCUUGAGAAUGCUUCCCGAGGCGCUAUGCGUGGCUGGCCCAGGGCUGAGCGCAGGGAUCUGCCCAGUUUCCCUCCCACAAGCACCUGAUGGGGGCUGCGUCACGGCCCUGCCUUUCCUUUCCAUGCAGCCCAACUCCCUCCUGCUUCGGGCGCCGGAGGGCUGGGUCCCGGGGUCCCUGUUGUUCUGUAUGUGACUGGCUGCUGCUGUUAAUAAAGCUCUGUUUAGAUGUGAGA